CGUGGGCGGUCAGCUGUUAUUUCCGAUAGGCAGCCGCAUCUGCUGCUAUCGAUUGGCGGCAACACGGAAUGUUUUUACAAUAUUUAUUAGAAUAAUAAGAAUAGUUAAUAUUUCAUUAAUACAAAUACCCACCGGGCUAUCAAAUCGCAUGCAAUUUGCGAGGAAGUGGACAAGAAACGGACCAUUAAACUUUAGAGGCUAUUUUGUAUUUCUGAAAGGUAAUUCAACACCUUUGGAGUUCUUUUGUUUCGAAAUUUGUUUAAUUAAUGGCUGAUCAGGAAAGCGAAGAAAAAAAGGAGGCGAUCGGGGAGGGGAGCACAAAAUCCAGAGAGGAACAAGGGCUACCCGAAGCAUUGGAGGAUUUGAUGGAUCUGGAAGACCAGGGCGUGGGCGUGAUGAAGUCAAGCGAUAAGAAUAAAUCUAUGGAUUUGGAUAUCUACGACGAUUUGUACGAGAUGGAGCCUGCAGGUUCAGCAAAACCCGAGGAAAUUGACAAAUCUCUUGAACUGGACAUCUACGAUGAUUUGGACGACUUCCAGAAGGCCGAAGAUCGUAAAACCAAGGAGCUGCAAGAAUGGGAAGCCAAAUACGAAAAGGCGCUGACCGAAAUUGAUGCGCUAAAGGCCGAAAAUAAGGCACUCGGAAAGAAGAUAAAAACCAUGGAGGUUAAUCUGCAGAAUCUACUGGACACAGCCAAGGCGGAGGUUAAGAGAAAAGAGACACUGAUUUCCGAGCUGCGAAACGAAAAAGACGAUGUAUGCUUCCGGCGAAAACGAGCGAGAGCGUUUGAAGUGCCAGGGGUAAAGGAACCCGAGAGUAAGCGUCCGAAAGAAUUUCAACCGAAACCAAUCGUUGCCAAGAGGGAUAUAGAAACGGAUAGAAAUCCGUUCAAAACAGCUGAAAAAGACGGCGCUAAAAAGUUCGCUGUUAAAGAUGAUGCUAGGAAGAUGAUAACCACAGAAGAUGUCGCUAAGAAAGUUGUCUUAAAAGAUGUUAAAAGGGGGACGAUGUCUAAGGAUGAUAAUAAGAAGCCAGCCUUUAAAGAUAAUGGCAAGAAGUCGUCCUCAAAGGAUGAUGCUACUAAAUCUAGCACAAGAGAAGACGCCAAGAAAUCGGAGCAAAGAAGCAAGCCUCUCAGGCCGGAAAAUUCUAAGACCACCGAUCGAAAAUCUACUACACAGACUCGUCGUCUAGAAAAUAGACACAGAUCUAGAGAUCGACACCAUAGCCGCAGUCGGAGUCCAAAACAUAGUUCCCGCCGAGAUCAACCCAAGAGCCAAGAAAGCAGUUUCCGGCACGCCAAACGCCGAAGCCAUUCCAUAUCGCCCAGCAAGAUACAUUUGCCACGAGAAAAAACCAAAGCCAUCACCACACUUACUAGCGAUGAAGCAAAUGACCAACGCAGCAAGAGCCCGAUCCACGUGUCCACCAAACUGAUAAAUGAGUCCCAACCGUCUAGGAAAGACGUUUCUAAGCGAAUAGAUGCUGCCUUAGAAACCAAUGCAAAUCCCUCAAGCGAACCAAAGGUACUAAAGAAUGAUAUUGCUCAAACGACAGUUGGUUUAACUUCUGAAGCUUGUAUUCCAAAACAUGUUAUUAUUCCGGGUUUAAACUUAAUUAACCCAGAAUCUGAGGAUUUUUGUAAAAACGAAAUCGGGUUGGAUAAACGAGAAAAAAAUCCUGUAAAAGAGUUAUCGAAUCAUACAAAAGACUCUGGUCACGAACUAUUAAAAAAGACGUCGAAUCAAAGAGUUGUAAUAGUUGAAAAAUGUAAAAACAUUUCAGCAGAAGAUUGUCCAGCAGAUGCCCAACACCUGGACGAACUUAAGGAUGCAAGAGAAGUUAAAGAGCCACUGGCAAAGUUAGACAAAAAAGAGCCAUUUGCAGUUGAAACUGUUGUGGAAACGGCUAAAAACGAAGAGAGAAAUGUCGAUGUAGCCUUAUCAAAGAAUCUGACGCCUCUAACUGAUGUGUGUUCUCAGCAUGAUGAGAAUGAGAAAGCGGGCUCAAGAAAAGAGAACAAAGAACCGACGGAUGAAGUAAGCUGCGUUGUCAAGUCUGACAUGGGAGUAAGGAUUAUCGAGGAUAUUCGGUUGCCAAAGAUGGCGAAUAUCGACCACUUUGCUGUUAAGGUCGACAAACAGGGCGAGCCGCCAACGGCCUUCACAAAUUCCGCGUCAAAUCAGCAGAAUCUAGCCACACAAGACAAAAACAUUUGUUGUGCAGAGUUGAAAGAUCCAACUCCUCUUAGCUCCGCGGACGAAACUCCCAUUAAGUCUGCUACUGUUUUAUACGCCAAGCCCGAUUCAACAAAAGUUGAUCACAGCGAUGAACAUGACGAGGUUAUUCUGGAAGCUGCGAUGGACAUACUGACGAACGAGCAGGAUGCGGCGAGGGUUGCAGAUCCCACCUAUCCCAAUAUGCGGAUCGCAGAAGACGCCAUUGAGAUGGCACUGGAGGAAUUGCACCAGCAGUCACCGGACGAAACUGUAGUGACCUCAACGUCGAAUAGAGCUCCGCAGACGCCAAAGCAAAGCCUUAUCACGAUUCUCACCCAGUCUCCAAGCCAGCGCGGUCCCAUAAAAUCCCAAACGAAAUCGAAGACUGUGUCACCAAUGGCAACACCAAAGAAGCAGGCCACAGAGAAAACCCCGCUGAAAAAGAGAAAAGUCAACAUGGACAGUGCGCCGCAUCUGGAAGCCCCCAGCUUGGAUGUCACCAUCGACGAAACUUUGGGAGCUAGCCUGCAUGACGAGAGCUCAACUGUGACCAAACGCUGCUCUCUGGGCCACACAGAUUACCAGUACGAACAGAUAAAGGACGAGGUUAUUUUACGAGUGAAACGGCGGGGUCGCCGACGAAAACCAACACCUAUGGAAUUACACACUGGUGCUGCCGACGAACCAAUUUGAAAUACAUUUGUAAUCAAUUUCAAUU